AUGAAGAGAUUGCUGAAGCACCAUUGUGUGAGGAAGCCAUCAGACCUGGUCAACAUUAAUGUGAGCGGCCUGAAGUUCUCCAAGGCUAAGGAAAAGGACUUCAAGCAUUUUCAUUCGGUGAUUUACAUCAAUGCCUCAGAAAACCUGCUUCCUCUAGAGGCAUUUCAUACAUUUCCAACCUUAAAGGAACUGGAGCUUGCAUUUAAUGGAAUCAAAACAGUCUACGUGAAAUAUGGAGACUUUAAGUUCUUGGAAUUCCUGGACCUUUCCUUCAACAGCCUGACUGCAGAGGCCAUUUGUGAUCUGGGGAUUCUGCCACACCUCCGUGUCCUGCUCCUCACAGGCAAUGGGCUCACCUCCCUGCCACCCAAUUUGGCUGUCACAGAACAAGGUUGUGUUCUCAUCUUACCCUGGAUUUUCAACCUCAGAGGCAACCAAGGUAUGUGCACUUCCUCCCAUUUCGAGAUUCUUCCCGUGAAGUCACUGAAGGCCAGGAACCAGACGCUGGCCCCGCCCUUUCCAGAGCUGAGGUACCUUAGCCUGGCCUACAACAAGAUCGCAAAGGAAGAUGCCAUCCUGCCAGUAGCUCUUUUCCCGUCGCUCUGCGAGCUCAUCUUUCAUAACAACCCUCUGGUGGCCCAUACACGAGGGGUCCCUCCACUGCUGAAAAGCUUCCUCCAGGAGCGGCUGGGGAUCCACUUGAUUCGCAAGAAGAUAGUAAAGGCCAAGCAUCAUAUUUUGAUGCCUUGGAAGGACUCGAGGAAGGUGAAAACCCAAGUCCCAAAGGUGCCAAAGCAGCCUCUGAUUCUCCAUCACCUCCCUAUGACCACGGUCCAGUCUCCCUCAAAGGAGAUCCCAGAGUCUGAGGCAGAGCCGACUAAAGAGCUCUCCGCUGCCAGAAGCAGUAUUCUGGAGUCACAGAUACCUAUCGAGGGCGUGGAGGGCCUUUCCCUGUCCCACCGGACCUUCGUGCCCCUGCCUCCCAUCUGCUCUGAUUCCACCGUGUACAGUGAAGAGACCAUGUCCCACCGCAGCAACAGACCUGGCCACGUCAACCCGCAGCACCUGUCAGACGAGGACACCAGGAGCAUGGAGUCCAUAUUCUUGACCCAGGUGGCUGAGCUGCCUUCCUCCAUCCUCCAGAGGGAUGAUUCAUCCAUGAGGGAGGAAGAGCAAAGACCACCCCGCACAGCUCCCAGAGAGGUAAAGAGGGCUUGGAGGAAGCUCCCGACUGCCUCCCUCCCCAGCAAGUACCAUGGCUAUGAGGAGCUGCUGACAGCCAAGCCUGAUCCAGCCUUUAUUGAGCCAAAGGGAAUCCAGAAGAACGCGCAGGCCCUGCAGCGCAUGCUGAAGUGCCCCCUGCGGGGCCGCUCUUCCAAGCCCAGGCUGGACGCGCUUCAGAAACACUACGUCCCCAAGGAGAAACGGGCCCAGAGGAUCCCCGUUCCACCGCCACGGAAGACUAGAGCCCAGCUGCUGGAUGACCUCCUCGUUCGCAUGCGGGAUCCCCAGAACAUUACAGAGGCUCCACUAGGAGCUGUCCUGCACCAGCGGACUGAGCGGCGGCUGGUGAACCAGAAGCAAUACUUGGAGGCCAAGCGGCUGCUGAAGGAGUUCCAGGCCCGCUACCGGCAGCUGGUGCGCUGCUCGCUGCGGACGGUGUUCAGGGCCACAGCGCCGCCCCCGGGCCGCCCAGCGCUGAGCGAGGGCCAGCCUAGGUUUGGCCGCUUCCUCGAGUUCAUGGAUGAGUUCUGCCAGGGGCCCAUGGCCAGCGACUCGAAAAGCUAAGGGCUGUGCACAGGGCCAUGCGCACUGCCCCGCCUGUGCCCAACGCCCUCCCAGGGCUCCGUGCCCUGGACCGCGCCUUGGGGCCAGGUGGGCCAGGUGCAGGCCUCAGACCUUGGCUUGGCCUUGCCUGCUGGCCACAGAGAGUGGGGAACUGGUCAGGAUCUCCCCUCCCCAGGCUGGGCAGGACCCAGCACCUGGCCCAGCAGCAAUAAAGAGUAGGUGCAUAG